GUGAUUAGAAACACCCUCAUAGCAAAAUUGCGUGUGCAGUCUCCGCGGUCGGCUAGCAAGUUCGUGUUGUCAAAUAUCGAGCUUCAGUUUGGACUUCUAAAUUUCCGAAUUUAAUUUCAAAAGUUCCACAGACCUAAGCUAGGGAAGAGGGAGUUACAGACAGGACAAGCGGGCCCUGGUGCCCUUUAAGGAGUAGCCUACCAGCACAAUGUCAGCCCCAGUGAGCACCCUGCCCACCCUGCCCAGGUUAACCACCCAGGAGACCGGGGUCAGUGUCAUACCAACAUCCUCAACAGCGCCCUCUAUGGUCCGCCGCUCUAGCUCCAAGACCUUCAUCAACGAGGGCGCCGGUCAGCCCAAGGGCUUGUCCAAGUCUUGGGACGAGAGGCUGACCCGGACGGCCAACGGCGGCAGGCCUCUGCCCCGACUCAACCCCCUGCAGCCCCAGCGGCUGGGAAGGACGGUCACUCUGGAGACGACGGACACACAUUACCAGAAUGACCUGAGGAGUCUAGUGAUGAAGAGAGAACAAUACCACAAAUCUCAUAACAGGUGGAUGAAGCCGUUCUAUGGAUCUAAGGUGGAACAAGAAGACUAUAGGAAAAACACAAGGGAAAUACUGAAGAGUCAAAUGUCGGACAGAGAAUCAACAUACAGGCGGUACCUGCUAGAACGCAUGGAGGAAAGCGAUCGCGCUAUCGGCUACGAUAGGAAGUGCCUGGAGGAAGACCAUGUAGCAUUCCAGAAGAAGUCAGCUUUCCUCCAACAGUUCAGAGAUGAGAACAAAAGGUUAAUGGAAUUAAAAGAACAACAAAAGAAGCUGAGUCGACUCCACACGAACCAGAGCGAGGGAGAGUUGCUGCGCUAUAACCCCAUCAACUGGAGCCAGACGUUACGCUAACACGUCAUGGUGCCCACCACAAAUUACCAAAGUUGUGAGCUAGUCAGUCACCAGUCAAUCACAAGUGAAUCGUAAGUCAAUCGCAAGUCAAUCACAAGUCAAUCCAUCACAAGU